UUUCCAGCCUUAAAUACGGCCAGGGUUCAGCGUUCGAGCUACGAGUUGUGUCGUCGAUAGGUUCGAGGACUUUGGAGGUGAGGAGGCUAAACGGAGAGGCCCGAGAUCACGGGACGCUGCCGAGACUUAGGAGCCUAGGGGUUGCGGGAGGCAAAGCCAGCUCCAGCCACAAUGAUUGAGGUGGUUUGCAACGACCGUCUAGGAAAGAAAGUCCGCGUUAAGUGCAAGUAUCCACCGAGGGAUGACUGGCAGAGCACCGAUGACACCAUCGGCGACUUGAAGAAACUGAUAGCGGCUCAAACUGGCACCCGCUGGAAUAAGAUCGUUCUUAAAAAGUGGUACACGAUUUUUAAGGACCACGUGUCUCUGGGAGAUUAUGAAAUCCACGAUGGGAUGAACCUGGAGCUUUAUUACCAGUAGAGGGGAAUGUCUUCCUCCUCCUUGCCCGGGUAGUUCUGCCUUCCUCCUCCUUGUCCCGCUAGCUCUGCCUUCCUCCUCCUUGCCCUGCUAGCUCUGCCUUCCUCUCCCAUCCUCAUUUGACACUGGUAUAGAUGGUCAUUUUUAACAGUUCACAUGAAUAAAAACUUUGCUGCUGUCAUA